AACCAUUCGAACCAUUUGACUGGUACGUUACAGUUGGUUUUUGGCAAGUAAAAGUUUUAAUAUAGACAGAACUCAUUUGAUUUCACGACAUAAAGUAAGGGUUAACAAUGAAGGUUGGAUGUAUCAGACAUACGAUGCUUCUAUGCUUACCUAUGAUCAUAUCGAAGCUUCCAAUGUAAUACAGUUAGCUAAGGAACUUACAAAUACAAAACUACCAACAGAUAUUGAAGUGGAAUGGCUGUUAAAAGCAAUUUGCUUAAUCGAUUUAACCACAUUAGCUGGGGAUGAUACACCUGUCAAUGUACAAAGACUUUGUGUAAAAGCAGUUCAUCCGCUAAGUGAAUGCGUUUUGAAUAAAAUUGAAAAUGCGUUCAAUAUGAACCUACAAGAUUUAAGAACAGCUGCUGUAUGUGUUUAUCCAUAUCAAGUUAAAACAUGUGCAGAAACUUUUAAGAAAUUAAAAUUACCAAAUUUUAAUAUUGCUUCUGUUGCUACUGGUUUUCCUACUGGACAGUAUCCUUUAGAAACUCGGCUAUUGGAAAUUAAAUCAGCUAUAAAUGAUGGAGCGAAUGAAAUUGAUGUGGUAAUAAAUAGAACAUUAGCUUUACAAGGUGAUUGGGAAGGAGUUUAUAAUGAAGUAUGUGCGAUGCGUAAAGCUUGUGGUGAUCAAGCACACUUAAAGACUAUUCUUGCUACUGGUGAAUUAAGCAGUUAUGAUAAUGUUUAUAAGGCUUCAAUGGUUUGUAUGUUAGCUGGAGCAGAUUUUAUUAAAACAUCUACUGGAAAAGAAACAGUCAAUGCAACACUCCCAAUUUCAUUGGUUAUGGCUAGAGCUAUUCAAGAUUUCAAUGAAGUAUAUGGCAUCAAGGUUGGUUUCAAACCUGCCGGUGGUCUUCGUACAGCUAAAGAUGCCCUCGAUUAUCUCCAAUUAUCGAUAAUGUUCUUGGCUCUGAUUGGAUAAAUCCAGAUUAUUUACGAUUUGGAGCUAGUUCAUUAUUGGCCAAUAUUGAAACCCAACUAUACAGUCUAUGCCAUAAUGGUUUAAUACCAUUACCUGGUGAAUUAGACUUUUUCUAAUUGUUGAUUACCUUCUUUUUCUCUCUUGUUUUCUUUCAAUUUACUCGAUUUGAUUAUUUUUAAUGAUUAUGUUUGCCUUAAUUUUGUUGUUGUUGCUGUUGAAAAUAGGUCGUUUCUAUCAAUUUUUUUUAAAAAAAUAUUGAUAAACCAAACGCUAUUUAUAUUUUGUACACAUUUCGUUUUGACUAUAAAAAGAAUACAAAGAGUUGUGGUGAUAGAAGUAAAGAGGAAAGCAAAACAAAAAAAUACAACAACUGUAUGUUUAGUCAAUAGUUUUUUUUGUUUAACGAAAAAAAAGAAAUAAAUGACAAGGGGUUCCU